AUGGCCAUGAAAGAUGCAACCUAUGCCUUCCAGAAGGAUGCAUAUGCCGACUUGGAGUUCACCAACGACGUCGGCUACCUGCCGGAUGGCACCCCGCUUAACAAAGCGGGUAACGCCGUCAACCACCCGGAGACGAUCGGCGCGGACAAACACGUUGCUGGAUCUCCGCUUCCCCGCGCCAAGUUCGUGAACUCGGUGGGCUACCUCCCAGAUGGCACUCCUAUGAACGCAGCUGGCAAUGCCAUCAACCACCCAGAGACGAUGCAGCCGGACCCUCACAUGGCCGGCUCGCCCUUGCCACCUUCAUCGUAUGCUGCCGAUGUGGGCUACUUGGUUGAUGGAACUCCCUUGGACACCGCCGGCAACAACUCCGUCAAGGGUGCGCCUGCCACCCCACCACCUGCAGCUGCAGCUGCAUUCGUGGGCUCCAGUGCUCCAGCCGCACCCAUGGCUGCAUCGGCACCCCCUCCGGCAGCAGCCCCAACCAGCCCAGGAACCGCCAUGCACGGCCGCAAGUUCGAGUACAGCUUCCAGAAGGACGCGUAUGCCGACCAGGAGUUCUGCAACGAUGUGGGCCCCCGGGCCCUGGCACACAUCCGGGCUCCUUCGAUCGUCCGGGUACUCGACCGGCAGGAG